AUGUCUUUGGCAGAAGAGCUCUUAGAUGAAGGAAGAACAUUGUACACAGACAAUUAUUAUACCAGUGUUCCUCUCGCCUUACGUUUGCGUAAUAGAAAAACCCAUCUAGUAGGAACUCUAAGGGCUAAUAGAAAAUAUUUACCAAAGGAAGUGGUACAGACCAAAUUGAAGAGAGGAGAAAUGGCUGCAAAGCAGAGCAAUGAAGGCAUAGUUGUUUGGAACUGGCGUGAUAAACGCGACGUACGGAUGCUUACCACGAAAACGUCUGCUCUUGAAAUGGUGCCAAAUAAUAGCAGAAAUACGAACGCAAUGCACACUAAACCCAAAUGUAUAGCUGACUACAAUAAAGGUAAAUCUUCUAUAGAUAUUAGCGACCAAAUGGCCACGUAUGGUACAGCCUUACGACGCUGCACCAAAUGGUACCGCAAAUUAGCAUUUGAAAUAAUUUGGGGAACAAGUGUAGUAAAUGCCCAUUUCCUGUACAACGAAUAUUCACUUCAAAAGAAACUCACAAUCACGGAAUUUCGUGAACAAGUGAUCGAUGCAUUGCUGGAGAGAAUUUCUUCAACGAAUAUCCUUCGACAGACCUUCACAAUCGAGACCAGACGACAAGCAUUAUUUGGUCCAAAACAUUGUAAACGAUAA